AUGGGCAUUUUACCUAGUAAGGAGAGCCAUGAGUACCCUGGCGCCUUCCACUUCGCGCAGAGCGGCUGCCACGCCAUGGCGAUUCUCCCCCUAACGGAGCACUUCUUUCCCUCCGUCGACUCUCUCGCGUUUCGGCAGCUCUACGCGUGCCGCGACAUGCAGUCGGCGAAGUACAACUUCUCUCUCGUGUCACCGCAGAUCAUCGCGAAGUACCGCGAGCGGGCGAUGGAGCAGCUGCGGGCGAAGGCGGCCAACGGCGGGGAAGCGGUGACACCGCCGAAGGACUUGUGGAAGCCGCGGCCGUUCCUGGCGCGUAAACCAGGCGCAGACAGCCCUGCGCAUCCACAAGAACACCACGGCGAAGACGGCGAUGACAACGGUAGCGAUGCGAGCGUGGCGGAUCAGGACAUAGAUGCCGACAAGGCGAGGACGACGUGGGUGGAGGUGGACGACAUCAACGCUGGCAACUUCGGGCAGUUCUACGGCAACGACACGCGGUGUAUUUCGCCGGACGAGUCCGAGUGGCCCUUCCCGCAUCACGAGGAGGAACUCUGCGGUGAGCUGCAGCACCCGAACCCGUCCGCGCACUGGCGCACCCAUGACGCGGCGCGGCAAUACCUGCAGAUGGAGAACCAAGAAUUGGGGCUCCGCACCACGCCCUACUCCGCCGCGAGAUCCGUGGCAGAGGGGCAGAACUACAGGAGUAGUAGUAAUGCUGGUCCGCCAUCACAGCAGCAGCAGGGCGAAGGCACGCCUUCUUCGCCGUCGCCGCCCUCCUAUCAGCAUCCCCGAAACAUUUCCUUUGACUUUGACAUCACCCCCGAGGCGGCGGCCGAGUUCGCCGAUCACGAGCGCGCGUACGUGGACAAGUUCUUCAGCCGUAGUCCAGAGGCCCUCUAUAGCGCGCUGGUGGUGGAGCCAAAUCGAGGUUUCCUGGUCGACACGAAUAAGGAGAUGUGCGAGAUCUACGCAGCGGAGACGCGCUGGAAGGAGGCGCGGCAGGUGGUCCGUGCGUACCGUCAUCAGUGCAAGGAAGAGAAAGAGGAGGGGAAAGGAAAAGAUAAAGCAGCAAAAGCAGCAGCGGCGCACGAUAGCGGCAACAGGAAAGACACCGCCAAGAGCGCCUCCGCGGCGUCGCAGCGCCGUGUUACCAAAGAAGAAGCCGAGGAGGCGGCGAAGGUGCCGCCGCCUCGCAUCUUCCUCCGUCCCGCCCCCCAAGUCAUCGUCGUCCGCAUCCACCGCGACGAGGAGGAGGCGACACGCGCCAAAUACCUCGCCGAGCAGCAGCGCAAGCAGAGACGGCACGCUGCCGGGGCGAACUUCGAUGACGAGACGAUGUCCGCCGGCUCCCGCUCGCCCGUCUCCGGCAGCGUCUCGCCCUUGUUGAACACCCUCACGCAGCAGUCACCGACGCCGUCCUCGGCCUCGCACCUGCUGGAGCCCACCGGCCGGAAGCACCGCUUCGAGGAGGACGACCGCUACAAGGACGGCCGCAUCCACCUGGUGGAAGAAGAUGGCGUGCUCUACAUAUUUGCCUACAACACCGCCUACGUCGACCCGCGGCAGAAGGCGAAGGAGCGGCGGCAGCGCCGCGACGAGCAGGCGAGGCGGAAACCGACCGACCCGGCUGGCCAGCACACCACGCCCUCCUCCUCGGCGGCCGGCGAUGACGACGAGGGGGAGGAGCCGGACGCGACGACCGGCGGUAUGCGGGGCGGGGGAAGCCGGCAGACAUCCUCGUUCUACCACAUCGUCGACGCUUUCGGCUCGGAGGACCCGGAGAACGCCACGGUGGAAGGCUCGAAGAGGUCAGCUGCGGCAGACCGCAGUAUCAAGAAGAGUACCACUGUUGCGGCGGCCGCCACGGCCGGGGCGAAGGGGAACUCCGAGGAGGAAGAUGACGACGAUGACACGGCCCUGUGUCCGCAGGGUGGCGGUGGCGGUGGCGGACCCCGGGAGCGUCAGCAGGAGACCGUUGUCUUCGUCGAUGAGGCGGAGACGCACCGGCCACAAAACCGGCCGGAGUCCGCGACGGACGACGACGACGAAUCGGAGGACGACGACGAGGCGGGUGCUCCUUCGGCGCGCGAUCGGCGCGGUCAGCGCGAAAGGCAGGCCCGCCAGACCAGCACCAGCGCCGGCUCCGAGAGUACCGCCGCGACCUCGCCGACGGAGCGCCCCCGCGAGGUCAAUCAGCUGCAGCUCUUCACCGCAUCGCCUUUCAUUCUGCCGAUCUGCCCCGUGCGGGUGGUGGGGUGCAACGGCUACACCGAGUCCAGCUGUCGCGGCACGCCGUGGCUGCGCGGCACCGACGACGACCCGGAGGAAGACGCGUACGUUGAAUCGCUGCCCGUCCGUCCACCCGUCAUGUCCGGCGGUGGCUUCAUCGACGCCAACAUCGGCGACAAAAUCCUGAGCCGCGCGUUUCUGCUGGGCUUUCAAGUCUUCCGCAACGUGUGCCUCGACGCCGGUCUGCCCGAGACGCUGACGCGGCCGUUUUGGACACUCGGGCUGCUGUCGAACAUUCCGUUGCUGCAGAUCUCUCGCGAGAUGCGCUUCCGCAUGCGGGCCGCCGCUGCCGAGGUGCAGCUCGGCUUCCAAGGUCUGCGUGACAUGAUCAAGGGAACGGAGAACGACCUACAGUCGUACAUCUACGGCUUCUCGGAUAUUCUGCCCUACUUGGAGCGGGCCUCGCAGGCGCGGCUGCUGCAGGCAGCGGCAGAAGAAGAGGCGGAGGCUGCGCGCGCCGCCGCUGCGGAAGACAGCAAUGACGGCGAGGAGGAAGAGGAUGGCGAGAAGACGCGUCCGGGCGGGGGAUCUGGGUCCCCGAGCUCGCUGCAUCCGCUGCUGUUGCCUGAUAACAACGAGCCCUACACGCUGCCCACGCGCGCCUCGCAGCCCGUCGCGCAGCGCAGUUUGCGCUUCCCCCGUCGGCCGAUUGAGUUUUACACGCAGCUCACCAUCCGUGGCAACCAAUGCCUCUCCCGCGUGCGCACCGAGUCGCAGCGCUCCUUCUUUCACCUCAUUGCGGAGGCGACAGCGCCGGUGUCCACUUCGCUCUUUAUGAAGCCGCUAGAGUUACACAUGUACGACUACGGCGGUGCAGUCCGGCUGCAUCUGCUGAGGAGUCAAGAAACAGCAACAGGAGACGCGAUGCAGCAGGUCUUGCCACCGCCCAAGAACGUGGAUCAGCUUAUCCGCGAUCACCAGCGGCGUGUGCAGCUGCGCCACCUCGCGAAGCAGACAAACAACAACAGCGGCAGCGCCGAUGGCACGACCAAGACGACGACCACCGCCACCACCACAGCGGGUUUGGGCAAGGGGACGGAGGAAGAGGGAGGAAGCCCCAAUGCCAGGCCGGGCGGGCACAAGUUUGCGAAAGAGCACGAAGACACGGCAGCGCCACCGUAUUUGGUCUACACAAUCGUCCAGCCCUCCGCCUGGGCGGCCGGGCCGUCGUUGAAGCACUACCGGCGCAUUAUGCACGGCCCAGAUGGACAGUCGAUCGACGAGGCUGACCACCCGGCCACGGUGGACUUAACAGAUGUGGAGCUGCUGUCCAUGUGCGAUCCGGCGGCUGCCGACGGUGCGGCCACCACCGUGACGCGGUGCACGUGCUGCGGCGAGGACGGCGCAGGUCCGCAGCCGGUCUUCGCGCCGCAUCAAUACCUUUACGAGGACGGCCUCUUCGUGGACGGCGACAUGGUCGUGUAUAACGUUCACGCCGGCCGCUGGGAGCACUUCGAGUACUUCCACCGCCAGCAGCUGGCCCGACGUCGCGCGCAGCGGGCACUGCAGAAGCAGAUGAAGCUGCACAACAGCAACAGCAAUAGCGAAGACGCCAAAGAAGCGCCGCCGCAGCAGCAGCAGCAGCAGCAGGCCGGCGGUGCGCAGAAGGGGCCGUCCACCACCACCACCACGGCGGCGGCGCCGGCGGCGGUGGUUUCUGUGCCGGGUGUGACGGUGGCCGGCAAAGUUGUCGCCGACGAACUGAGCGACGAGGACGAGGAGGACAUCCAUCAGGAAGACAUUUUGCUGUGCUGGAUCAAGCGGCGUCUGCAGAGCGCCACAACGCGCAACCGGCAGGACCCGGGAUGGCUGCGCGACAGCGACGGCCACAUUGUGCAGGAGGGCCGCUACUACAUCUGGGGCUUUGAGCACGACGAUCAGCGCUAUUUCUACGGCUUGAUUCCGAAGUUUGCCAAGGAGAAGAAGACGAAGCGGCACAGCAAUGACAAGAUGCCGCACACUCACUCCGGCACGGCGGCCGUGAGCGGGCAUCGCCGACGACACGGCGGAGGCAGCAGCAUCGGUACCUCGUCUGCUACGCCCCUCUCGCCGAGCAUGAGUACUGUCAGCGCCCACGAGCUCCGCCGUCUGACCGCCGGUGGGCGCCACAACAGCUACGCCAACGGCGGGAACAGCAGCGGACGGAACCGAAACAACAACUCCCCCGGCGCCCGCAGCGCACGCAGCUCGCAGUCGCAGUCGCAGUCGCUGACCACGUGCACGCCGCAGAACCAGCACCUGCGUCACAGCGGCGGUGGUGUCGGAGGGGCGGGUGGGAAUGCCAACAUGGGCGGGGAUGAGUUGGGCGGGAACGACUUCGGCGAGAACAGCUGCAGCGGCUGCCACGUGCAGACCUAUGCGCCGCUCGUCCUGUCAAUGCCAGACUCGCAGGCCCAAUGCUCCCAAGGUGGCAGCAGUAACAUGAGCAGCCCGGGCAGCAGCCGACGUGCGUUGCGGGCCGGCGACGGCAACGGCGGGAGGAGCCCCACGAAUGCCGCUGUUGCCGGGGGUGGUAUGGCCAGCACUGCGGCCGUCGCCACGGCUACUGGUACUACGCCGACGACGACGGCGGCGGCGUCUAUCAGCAAUAGCAGCAACACCAGCAGCGCCGUGCGGCAGGGGCGUGCGGGUCCGAAACAACCGUCGAAGGUGUCAGCCUUUUUGGCCGUCGCGGCCGCCUCGGCCGUGAAGGAGUCGGAAGGGUUCUCGUCAACGCUGGCUGUCGGGACUGCAGGACCUGGACAAGGUGCGACAGCCGCAACAACAAGAGGCGGCGGUGGUGGUGGUGGUCAUGCGUUUCCCCCGCGUGUCGUCUCUGCGCCGCUUCAAUCCACGGCAUCGAAAAGCACUGGCGCUGGCGCUGCGGCGGCGGCGGCGGCAGCGGAUGCAUCGUUCCAUUCUCCGUCUUCCUCGUCGAGCGACGGCACGCGGGUGUGGGGCGGACGGCAGCCGGUGGUGGUACCGGUGUCUCAUCAAGACAUGUCCUCCCUUCCACCGCCUCCCGCUGCGCAACAGCGGAUGCCACAGCACCAGCAGCUCGACUACGCACCGGCGAGUGGAAACGCAAUGAUGAGUGGCAAUCGUCGAGGACGUGCCAUGCUCGCUGGCGGUUCCCGUCCACAGCAACAGCAGCAGCAACAGAAUCAGCAAUACCCUCCGCAGCGCGGAGGACCCAGCAUGAACUUUGCAAGCAACAGCAAUGAGAACGAAUGGUACGCGUCACGCGACUCCGCCGGUGACCAAAGCCCUCCCCCGCCGCCACCGCCGCCGCCGAUUGCAGGGGGUAAUUUCGACGGCGCGCGUGGGUAUAUGAAUCCUCCGCCGUCCCAGCAGCAGCAGCAACAGCAGCAGCCGCAGCAGCAUCUCCAUCCCCCGACGGCGUACAUGAACACCAACACGGUGAACAUACACCGUACCUCCCAGCUGCCACAGUCACGUCGUGUUCAGCAGCAGCAGCAGCAAGGACCACUUCCGCAGAUGGGUCCGCAAGGCUACCCGCCGUACAAUCCGCAAGCCCAGCGUCAGCAGCAACAGCAGCAGCAACAGCAGCCAUCACCCUACGGUCUACAACCGCAGAUGAACAUGAUGUCCGGGCCGGGUCCGCGCGGUGAGAGCGUCUCGCCUCUUCCCCCACAGCAGCAGUCGAUGCCGUCAAUGACAGAUGUUCCGCCACCACCACCGCCGCCCAUGUCGAUGAACGCGAGGCCUCAUACCAACAACAGCAACAGCAACAUGAUGGGUGGUGGUGUGAGCGCUGGUGUGCAGGGCGUGUAUGCCGAUCCCUCUGCCCACUCCACACCAAACCCGUCUUUCCACUCCUCUUACUACCCUGAUGUGUCGCUUCCGCCGCCACCGUUGCAGCAACAGCAGCAACAGCAGCAGAUGCCUCCGCCGCCGCCUCCGCCGUCCUCCCAGCGGCCCGCGCACGGAAGCGGCGGGAGCAGCAGCAGCUUUUACUCCGCACCGCCGCAGCCGAUGGCACGGCAUGCCGUCCAACACACACAGCAGCAGCAGACAUCUCAACCGGCGUACAACGCUGGGCCUAACGGGGGACACCUCACCGGUGCGAUGUACGUCGACGCGGGGAUGGCGUCUUCGGCUGGCCCACAGCAGAAGCAACAGCAGCAGCAGAUGCGUACGUCCCCCGCCAUGCCCCCUCCGCCGUCGACACGGAGUGGGAGUGCGAGCGUCAUGGCGGGUCCUCCGCCACCACCGCCGAUGGGCGGACCCGCUAACCCGUCCUACCCACCUCGGCAGCCGUUGGGCAACCUUGGCACGUCCACCGCCAUAGCAGCAACAACGCCGUCGCCGAACGCGUACGGAAAUCCAAAUGUGCCGCCCGGUCACCGCGGAGGAGGCGAUGCAGGGAUGUACGACAACAGCAGCAACAGCAACAGCAACGUCGGGGGCUUCCCCGGUGCGCCAUCGCCUUCGUCACCGCCGAAUAACGCGGCGGGCGGGGGCUGGGGCAGUCCGCCAUUGCCGAUGUCCUACAACAGCAACAACGGCGGCAGCAGCAGCAGCAACGCGCCCACACCGAACCCGGCGAUCCAAUCCAGUAGCGCACGUCCCAGCGGACCGGUCGGCAGCAGGGGACCGCAUCCCGUGCCGCCGGGGAACCCCUACCCGUCACAGGCGCCGAUGAACGCGGGCGGGACUGGCCGCAGCGGCAGCGGCAAUAACAACAACGCCUAUCCGGCGUGGGGCCCCGUGUCCAACACCGCGAGCAACCGUGCAAGUUCCAUGCAACAACAUCAGCAGCUGCCCGGUCCUUAUCCGACGCCGACACGCGAGGCGGGCUACGGGCAUGACGCCUACAACGCGGCGGGAGGUGUGCACCACAGCAAUAGCAGCAAUACCAACAAUCCGAAUCCCCGUACAAUGAGCUCGCCUUACCCACAGCAAUACCCGCAGCAGCAGCAGAUGAAUUCCCCACCGUCGCAUAACUCUUCGUACGCGCCGACUCCAUUACCGCCCCCUCAGCUUCAGCAACAGCAGCAGCAGCAACACGGAGGAUCUGCCGGUAACGCUGGCAUGACAGGGACGAGUAACGCCUACGGCCACCCCAGUGCGCCACCACCGCCACCACCGCCAUCACAGCCCCAGGUGCCUUACCCAGCACCGCUCAGCAACCCUCCCCAUCACACCCCGGCACACGGCAAUAACCCUUACAGCAAGUCUGUCACCGCCUCGCCCGCGCUCUCCUAUGCGCCGCAGGAGCAGCCAUCGUCACCACCGCAGCCACCACAACAACAGCACCUACCACCACCACCACCACCACACGUUGCCAGCAGCAACAGCAAUAACCCCUACAGGUACGGGGCGUCUACUUCGUCGCAGCUUCCGCAAGAUGCCGUUGCUACGCGUACGGGCAGUAACGUGAGUGUGCAGCAGCAGCAGCAGCAGCAGUCACAGCAUCGUUUGGCCACGCCAACUGGAAGCUCUUCUACGUUUUCACGAGAUGCUUCGGGCGGAGGUGGGCCGUCGGGUAUCUAUCCUCCUAUGUCAGGUCCGGCGAACGGCCCUCGUCAGCAGCAGCAACAGCACAGUGUUCCGCCUUCCCCCGCCCCGAACAGCUCGUACUUCCCCUCUGGUCCUCAGCAGCAGCAGCAGCAGCAGCAGCAGCAGGUCGCGUCUGCCAACGCGAGCGGCACACUCCUCCGCUCCUCUCCCGGACCCCAGCAGCGUCAGCACCUGCUCUUCCCACCACAGAGGCACACACCGCAACAGCGUCAACAGGGGUCGGGGUCUCCCACGCUGUCGUACAACACCCAGCAGUCCCCUACAUCGCCGCCGCCGCAGCAACAGCAUUUGUCGCCGCACUUUGGCUCAGAGACUGCGAUGCAGCUGCAGCUCCAGCGCAGCGGAGACAGCUACGAAGAAGGCAGGUCGCCCGAGAUGAGCAGCAGCUCUGGGCUACUGUCUCGCUUCUCGCACAACCCGUACGUCAUGCAGUAA